AUGUCUUCAAAAAAUUAUAUUAAAGUCACCGAAGUACUCCCUGCACAACAUCAAGUCAACUUACGCGUAAAAGUAGUGCAGCAGAUUAUGUUGGGUGUAAUAGAUGACGAAGGCGCUGACAAUGAUACUCGGAAAAAUUUGAAAAUUGCGGAAUUUCUUGUUGCUGAUUCGAGCGGAUGUAUAAUAGUGAAGGCUGUAGGAGGCAAGUAA